GUAAAGUUACGUUGUAACCGACGGGAGCUAUUAGUUUUGGUGGUAGCCGUGGCACAUAGAGCAUAAUUAACCCUAACACAUAAAUGGGGUGCUUAAUUUUCUUUUUUAUGUGAUUUUUCUCUGAUUAAAAAAAAAUUAAAAAUGAACUAAUCGCAGACCGUCAUGUGUCAGUAUAACCCGCAAACAGUAGAACAACCGACGCUUACUGCGCUUGUUCAAGCGCUGCUGCUUACUUUUUCCUUUUAAAAAAAAAAUGGUUAAGCACCAGGAUAACCACCCCGGUUAAUGGUGGUCUAACGGCUUAGCCUGUCAUUAAGGACCUGAGGUUCAACCCAUCACCUUUUAACGAGGUAAAAAUGCUGUGAAAAAAACUUUAUUUGUAUAUAAUGUCUAUACAAAACACAACUUGCAUGCAUGACCUUUUUUUUUCCAGUAGCUUUAAUGUACAUGAACGCAACUUGCAUGCAUGUCUAGCGUCUUAUUUGCAACAGAACACGAGUCUGUUCAAGUAAUGAAUAUUAUUGGUUUUACAUGGUCAUACACUUGUACGUUUUCUUGUCAAGAAUCGCAUUUGCAAAUCAAUUAUUCGGUGAAGAGUCGUUUUCACGUGUAUUAUUUUAUAUGAAAGAAAUAUGUAUAUAUUUAGAUUAGUCCAACAUGUUUUUAAUAUUCGACGCAACAAAUAAAAGAAACACAUUCGUUUAACUUGCGUAAUAAAAUACAUAUAUGAGCGGCUUGAGUCGGAUAUGGAUAAGCUAUCAAUUUAUAUGGACAAGAAUUUGAUUGUAUCAUCUGUAUUUUUUUCUGGCAUAUAAUGUCGUCUCCUAGAAAUUCGAACAACUUAUCCAUUUGAUGUUGUGUCCAAAUGAACCAGGAGUAGCCGCUAUUUCUAUAAAAACUAAUCUUCUAGACAUUUAUAGAAAUUUACUUACGAUGAAUUCAUUGAUAAAGACAGAAACUCAAUGCUCAAAGGCCAAAUGUCUCUUGCAAAAAAAGAAAAAGAGACAAAGUGUCUCUUCUAACAAACAGAAAAAAACAAGAGCUACUAUACGUACAUACCCACGAGAUCGAAUCAGAUUCUUAGCAUACCCAAGAAUCAAUAUAUGGUGUGACAAUAGUAUAAUUUUAUAGUUUUGAUACUGCAGAGAAUGGUUCUUUUCUUCACCUUGCAUACUUCUAAAUUCGUUCGGUUGAUCAAGUUUAUGCUUCAUUACGAUCUCAUAAUUCUUCACACAAGCAUCCUAUAAAGCAACAUACAUAUACACUAGCUAUAGCCUGUAGCUUAUACAAUGAACUCUUGAAUUUACCAUACAUAUUAACCGGAUUGUUUUAAGAUAUCGAGACGAUGGCGUUGAACUGGGGACCAGUGUUAAUGUCGGUCAUUCUGUUCAUCACAUUGACACCCGGAGUACUGUGCCAGCUUCCGGGGAAGACCAAAGCGGUUGAGUUUGGCGGAUUUCAGACAAGCGGCGCAGCUAUAGUCAUCCACACUCUUAUCUUCUUUGCAUGCAUCACAGUCUCCCUUAUUGCUCUUCAUAUCAACAUAUACGCUUCCUAAUCAAUUUAACAUUGCCGUGUCCCUCAUUGCUAGCUGCAUCCUUAAUUUUAUAUCCGAAUCUUUUUCUUAUUGUUUUUCAUCAGCUUUGAUUUCUAAUUCCCUUUGAAUAUUCCCUUCCUUGUUGUUUUAUUAGUACCUUUUUUGAACUACUAUUAGUAUUAGUACCUUCUACAA